GCAUAUGUUACAAACGAGGGGGAAGACGAUGGGUUAGGGUUAUGUCCCGUCCUGUUCCACUGUGUCAAAGUCUACGAGCGGGUCUUUACAAAUGGAGCACGGUGGCGACGGCGACCGAGCCGGCUUCCACGGCAACGAGGUGAUCUCCGCCGUACAGGACGAGGAGCAGUUCUACGGCGACGAGGAGGACUAUGACGACCUCUACAACGAUGUCAACGUCGGUGAGGGCUUCUAUCAGUCGUCGGCCCACCGCAGUGAAGCCACUUCCAGUACUUUUGCAACUGAGGAUGACGGUAGGAGAGAGCCACCACAGGUUUCCCUACCAUCCCCACCGGCGGGAGAUCCUCCGGAGAGCAUUCAGAUUCCUGUUGUAGCAGGAAACCUCCAUGCGGAGGAGACGGUCGACAGAUCUGGAGUUUUUUCGGAUGCAGGUUUCAGAGAGAGCGUUGAUUCAUCUGUCAUGGCGAGACCGCCGGCUCAGUCCGGCCUGCCCAGACCUGAUAUAGGGCAGUCUUGGGUCAGACCGGGGUCGAUUCAGCCUCAUCGAGGCGGUGAUUCGUUUAACGAAGGAUUUCCAAGGCAUGGUUCUGAAGUUGGCAACGACGGUUUUCGUAGGCAAGGAGUAGCAGUCAACAGCGACACAUCUACAGUUGUCAACCUUUCAAUCACCACGGCCCCUUCAGGUAAUAUUGGAGCUGCAUUAGGUCCUUCAGUUGGCGUAGCAGGCAACAUGAAUGGGCCUGUGUCCAUGGUUGGUGGUAUCGGCAGUGGAGGGGGAAUCACCACUCUUUUUGUUGGAGAGCUUCAGUGGUGGACAACAGAUGCUGAUCUCGAGGCUGAACUUUGCAAGUACGGACCUGUAAAGGAAGUGAGAUUUUUUGAUGAAAAGGCUAGCGGGAAAUCAAAAGGUUAUGCCCAGGUUGAAUUCUAUAAUCCAGCAGCUGCCACCUCCUGCAAGGAGGGUAUGAAUGGGCAUAUUUUCAAUGGAAAACCAUGCGUUGUGGCCUUCUCUUCCCCACAGGGUGUUCGGAAGAUGGGUGAGGCUCAGGUGGCCAGGAAUCAACAAGGAAUGGUUCAGGGUCCAUCACAGUCUGUGCUUGCACAAAAAGGUAGAGGUGGAGGAGCUCACAUGGGUGGGAAUUUUGUGAGGGGAGGUGGUGCUGGAGGUGGUGGUAACUGGGGUAGAGGUGGGAUGGGAAAUAGAGGACAUAUGGGGAAUGUAAGGAACCGGGUCGGGCCUGUUGGUGGAAGAGGUAUAAUGGGGAAUGGUGGCAUGAUUGCACCACCUCCUCCCGUAUUCAAUCCAGGUGCCAUCCUUGGCCAAGGGUUUGAUCCAACUGGUUAUGGAAUGGCAAUGAGUAGAAUGGGUGCUGGAUAUGGUGGAUUUCCUGCUGGACCUACUCCUGGUGCAUUCCCAGGAAUGUUACCUUCAUUUCCUCCUGUUGUAGCACCACAUGUUAACCCAGCUUUCUUUGGAAGGGGAAUACCAACUGCUGGAGUGGGCAUGUGGCCUGAUCCUAAUAUGGGUGGUUGGGGAGCUGACGAACAAUCAAGUUAUGGGGAUGAUGCUACAUCAGACCAACAAUAUGGUGAAGGAAGUCAUGGAAAAGAUAGAGGUGGCGAUCGGGAUUGGUCGGUAGCUCCGGAUAGAAGACACGUGAAGGAUAAAAGCACAGGGCAUGCGCAGGAGUGGUCUGAGAGGAAGCAAUAUGAGGAGAGGGAUGUAGGUUGGGAGAAUGAUAGAGAUUUGGAUAGGGACAGGCUGAGGGAUAGAGAAAGAGAAAGGGAGAGGGAGAGGGAGAGGGAGAGGGAGAGGGAGAGAGAGAGAGGCCGUGACAGGGAUAGAGAUAGAUAUCGUGAUGAUAGAGAUAGGCACACAGAUCAUUAUAGGCCAAGGGAACAUGAACCAGACCAUGAUGAUGAUUGGGAUAGAGGACGCUCAUCUAAGGCACGAAGCAACUCACGAGAGGUUGAGAAUGUUAAGAGGCACCGACAAUCUGAAUGAGAUGGAGCUUUAGCAAUUUUCCUUGGCACGUGUUUAAUGAGUAUUUAGCAUAUUUGAUUAUUUGUUGAUGCUCUUGGGCUCCAUUUGUCAAGGAUAUUGCGGGCUUGGUAUACUUAUUACAUUUGAAUUCCAAUGCAUUCAGAACCAAUUGGAUACUCAUUUCCUGGUCCAUGCAGCUUCUGACUGAACAAUAUAUAUACAUAUAUAUAUAAUCUAGUCUUUGAACUUAUUUGAGUUAUAGGAUCUCUUCUACUGUACCAAUUACUUGUGAAAUCUAUCGCGUGAAACGAGGUUUGGCCUUGACAUGAUAACAUUAUUGUUAGUUUUUAUGUAGUAGACAUUUCUAGGAUUGUGAGAUCACGCCAUUCAUUCAGCAGGGGCCACAGACUGACAGUGGAGCUAUUUGUUUGAAGCUUUCUCUCUCUAUUGAAUGCUGGAUGGGUAUCUGUUUGUACUGUACAACAUGUUUGUACUUGUAAUUUUGGCUUUUUUUUUAUUAUUCAUUGUUGUUAUUGUUGUUGUUGUUGUUGUUGUUAUGAUUGUCUUUAGUUUUCUUCCAAUUUUGGUGAUGUUAUUAUUUUUAUCCUCUUUGUUUACUGAUUGUAUGUUAUUUGAAGUUAG